AUGAUUGAUAAUGCCAUUGACUGUGAUUUUGAACUACAAGGAAUAGACUGCCACACAAUACCUGAACCUGAGCAAUGUAUGGGAACAAUAAAAGUACAACAUAACUUUAAAAUACUAAACUUAAACAUAAGAAGUAUCAAUAAAAACUUUGCUAAUUUCCUGACAACUUUGAAGAGAUUUGAUUUGUUAUUUGACGUCAUCAUCUUAACAGAAUGCUGGCUUGAUGAAAACACAAUGAUUCCAACAAUUCCAACUUACAAGGCUUUCAACACACAUAAAAUCAUUAAUCAAAAUAGUGGAGUGGUUGUAUUUAUUAAGGACUCAUGGAAUGCCAUAGUGUCGGAACCAGAUCUUAAAGAUGCUAACUGUCUGCAGAUAGAAAUCCUAAAUCUCAUCACUAUACUAGGAGUAUAUAGACCACCUUGUUUUAGAAAUAUUAGUAAUUUUUUAUUCUCUCUAGAUACAAUUCUAAGUGCACAAUCCAACCUCCAUAAAAUCCUUGUAUUGGCUGGUGAUAUAAAUAUUGAUCUUCUCUCUUCAACAUGUAAUCAAGAAUUAGAAUACCUAUGUCUAACGGCAGAACAUGGCCUACACCCUGCUAUAACAAAACCGACUAGAGCAGAAACAUGUCUAGAUCAUGUUUUUGUAAACAAAAUACAAGGUGUUACUGGUGUAGUAUGCUGUAGUGAUAUUACAGAUCAUGAUGUUGUUAUUGUGGGUCUAUCAAUGAGUAUGCCUAAGUCACGAGUUCGCAAACCUUUUACGAUGAAACAAGAUGUUAAAUUAAUUAAAAAUGAACUUGGCCUUACUAACUGGUCGACUUUGUUGGAUUGUGAUGAUGUCAACGAAACAGUUAAUGCCUUUUGUUAUAAAUUAUUUCAUAUAAUAAAUAGGCAUACAAGAAAAGUACCAAAGAAACGUCAGGAAUGUAACAUAAAGCCCUGGAUUACGCCUGGCUUAAUACGUUGCAUGCGACAUAGAGAUCGACUUCAUAUUCUCUCCCGUAAACACCCACAAGAUUUGUUAACACGUGUUAUUUACAAUCGCUAUCGGAACUUUUGUAAUAGCUUACUACGUAGACUUAAAAUGGAAUAUGAAAAACACAUACUGUUAAGCAACUUAACAAACGCUAAGAAACUGUGGCGAUCGAUAAAAGAUAUAUGCAACCUGUCAGAAAAUAAAGAAGAACCUUAUGAGUUGCUGGGUACUCAUGGUGAGAUUAAUACUAUACAGUCAUUAAAUAAAUGCAAUAAUUACUUUUUAAAUGUGGGACAUGAGCUAGCCAACCGUAUACUACAUGAUUUACAAACAGACCAGGCGACACUCGUCACUAAAGUCCACCAGAAUAAUGUUAUGCCUCCUAACUCCUUCUUUAUGCGCCCUACAGAUAAGUACGAAUUACAAUCGCUGAUCGUUUCACUACACAACGACAAAGCUCCUGGUAUAGAUGACCUUAGUAAUAAACUUUUAAAGGACAUAAAAGAUGUCAUCAUCCACCCUCUCACUUUUAUAAUUAACUGCAGUUUAGAGAAUGGAUGUGCAUUGAAAAUGAAAGAGGAAUCCCCCGAAUAUAAUAAAACAACUUUAGCAUUAAAUGUACCUGAUGUAAAUUACUUCAAACAACUUCGCUCAGAAUUGAGA